AUGGAAGUAACUCCGCAGACAGGCCUCUCCAACAGCAGACGCUUCACCAGGGCAUCUCUUGGAAAGAGACUGGCCCCUGGUCUACAGCCUCGGCCAUUGUUCGAGAAAGGUCCAGUCGAUUUCGCUAUUGGUUCGCAAUCGUGGGAUUCUACCUCCUCCCAAUGCUCUGUUGGAGCCUGGGAUAACGGCGAUGCGAACGACUUCUUUGGAGCCCUAAUUUUCGGUGACGACCCGCUUCCCAACCGCCAAAUGGACUGUAAAUUCGACUGUCCCAGUCCCAGCAGUAAGAAACGGGCCGUUGCCGAACGACUCGAGCCUUUUCUUGAGCGGGACGACGAAUCGAAGCGGGAUCUGAAAAACCACGUCGCCAGAUAUCCUUCGCCGACAACCGACAACGAUCCAUCACCCGUAGACGAGCAACUGUUCGAUGUGCGAGCACUGAAUCCUCGCGCACCCCACGGCGCUGCAUGGGUCAAGUACGCGCCGAGCGGAGCUCGAUACUAUCAAGCCUGGCAAGACAAGACGGGCGAUGAUGCAGUCUACCAAUGUAACUUUGACGACGACUUCGACGUUACCCUGCCCGUCAAAUUUGCGCUCCCCGCAAGGGGUAUCCAGCCCGUCCUACAGGCCCAGGGCUACGGCAUCGGACGGGAAUACUACGCUAUCACUGCAACGGGCCCUAAGAACGCGGCCGACGGGCCCUUCGCCGACUUCUCAAACACCAUCAGCGCCACCCAGGGGGUAUUCCUGGCCAACGCCAAUAGCCGCGGCGCGCUGCCCUCGGACCCGAACGAUCCUAUGUACAACCCGGCCUUCCCCAACGGCCGCCAGCCCGUGCCCUGGCAGUUCUCCUCGGUCGCCUGGUGGAUGUGGACCAAGACCGUGCUGACGCAGAACCCAGCCUGGGCGGAGAACCCGUCGCAAGCAGACUACUCCGGCAUCAAGUCCUUCUGGCGUCGCGAGAUCGACAACGCGGAUACCAAAUCUAUCCUCGACGACGCCUUCGCCGGCAAAGAUAUCAGUUCCACUCAGACGUGGACGCCCGAGGAUACGGACCAGGACACCAACCCUUUCUGGGCGCUGGUGGGGAGCCCGAAUGGCAACGGGAUCCAGUAUUUCUUGACGGACAAUAAGGUCGCGCUCAAGGGCAAGGGGAUCAUCAGUCUAAGUGCGACGACGGUGCAGAGUAGUGAUGCGAGAUUCUAUUCGAUGUGGGCUACGUUUGGGUAA